AUGUGCUUUUGUAAAUCAGAAGAGUUUUUAAUGUGAUAUAGCUAAGCCUUAUUAUAACAUCAUUUGGGGGAUUCUUUGUUAUGGGGUCACCUUAAGAAAUAAAAUUAACUUAUUAAUUAAUUAAUUUUGCACAUCCAGUAAUUCAUCUCAGUGUGUAGGAUCCAUGGUGGAAGGUAAAAACACGAACAAUAAUAGCUAAAAGUUAUUGAAGGCUUAUUCCAUACCCAAGCACUAAGUAUUUACCUAAUGUACAUUCUACUGUUAUCCAUACUAUUUUAGAGAAAAGGAAACUGAGACUGAGUCAAGGAACUGGCCCCUCCAAGAUUAUACAGCUAGUAAGUUAUCCUCAAAUGCAGAUCUGUGCUCUUAAAGAUCUAUGUUCUGACCCACUAAAUUGUUGAUAUCUAUUCUAUAACACUUUCAUAGCAAGGGUGUAAUGUCAUAAUUCUACCCUUAUAGUCCAUAUUACAGUUCAAAAGACAUUUGUUUCAAAUACUUUGUUCAAGAAGUAUUUUGAUUUUUUGAAUGAGGGUUAUCCCAACAGGAUGGGUAUGUAGGGAGUGGGCAGGAAAUUCGUAGUCAGAUUCUGAGCUCUUAAAGAAUAGCUUUAAUCCAUCCCAGGUUGAGGGUGAUAGAGUUCUGUAUGUUUUUUUAAAGGACCUUGUAUGAGAUACUUAGGAGUCUAGUCUCAAUCACACACUUUCAUUUACCUGUUCUCGUUUAAAUAUUUGUUGGGUACUUACAGGUCAGCACUCUGUUAGACCCUAGUGACAGGCUAGUAAUGCUCCCUGUCCUCAAGGAGUUCAUAGUCUAAUAGAGAACACAUGUAAAGAAAACAAUUGCGACGUAAUUGAUCUGUCUGUGCCUCAGUUUCCUUCUCUGUGAAACAUUGGCAUAAUAUGUAUGCUCACUCCAUGGUGUUGAGAAGAUUAAAUGGAUUAAUAAUACUAAAAUGCUUAGAACAGAGCUUUGCACUGUCAGCUUCUGUUAUCAAGAAUUACCGUGACGCGUCUAUAAUAGAAGUGCUGUACAAGGUAGAGUGGAGUGUCAGCAGCCCUAUUUUGGGGAGGUUGGAACAGGAUUUACAGAAGCCCUGGAUCUUGAAGGAUCAGGAGGAGUUUUUUGGAUAUUUCAAAUGAAUGCAAGAAGGUACAUUGCAGGCAGAGGAGAAAAGUGCAUGAAAACAUAGGCAGAUAUGAACCGGGCUAGUACAUUCAGGAAACAGAUCAGAAUGGUUGGAAUGCAUGGCAUGAAGUGGGGAGGAGGUUGGAGUGGGGGACAUGUCAUGGGUAGUGUCAGUGUAGGAACUAGAAUAGAAACAGUGCCUUCACAUCAGUCUUGUAAGAGCUUUGAGUUGGUUCAGCUCCCCAAGCGCCUGCUGUAUGCCAGGCACCAUGUUAAACAAAAUCCGAGAGAUACAAAGGUGUCAGGCCUGCUACGUGGUAUCUCUAUGGAGCAACUGAAAAUCCUCAGUGCACAGCUCUGUGCAGAUAUAAAAAACCCCUGCCACAGACCCUGGAAGUGGGUGGGCGAGAGCUAAGAGUGAAACCCAAGAGGGAAUCCUGAGAUAUGGGGACUAAAGAACUGGAUUGCCAGCAUCUGACACCCUGUGCGUUCCGAAAGACGGGAACGUUUGCUUCAGGGAAGUGAAUGCAUAAAAAUACAACCAACUGACAUCCAGCCUGACAUAUUCAGCUAUUUGUUGCACAUUAUGUACACGGGGAAAGGGCCAAAACAGAUUGUGGAUCACAGUCGUUUGGAGGAAGGGAUUCGAUUUCUUCACGCCGACUACCUUUCUCACAUUGCGACUGAAAUGAAUCAAGUGUUCUCACCAGAGACUGUGCAGUCCUCAAAUUUGUAUGGCAUUCAGAUCUCAACGACUCAAAAAACAGCUGUCAAGCCAGGGCUGGAGGUCAAAGAAGCUCCUUCUAAUAGCAGCGGCAGCAGAGCUGCUGUCCAGGGUGAGCACCCCCAGCUGCAGCUCUCUCUUGCUAUUGGGCUGGAUGAUGGCACUGCAGAACAGCAGAGGGCCCAUCCUGCCGCCCAGGCCUUGGAGGAGCACCAGAAGCCCCCAGUGUCCAUCAAGCAGGAGAGAUGUGACCCAGAAUCUGGGAUCUCCCAGAGCCAGCCCUCACCCUCAUCAGAGGUGACGGGCCCCACUUUCACUGAAAGCAGUAUCAAAAUACACUUAUGCCAUUACUGUGGGGAACGUUUUGAUUCCCGUAGUAACCUAAGACAACAUCUUCAUACCCAUGUGUCCGGAUCCCUCCCAUUUGGUGUCCCUGCGUCCAUUCUGGAAAGCAAUGACCUCGGUGAAGUGCAUCCACUUAAUGAAAAUAGUGAGGCUCUUGAAUGCCGCAGGCUCAGCUCCUUCAUUGUCAAGGAGAAUGAGCAGCAGCCUGACCGCUCAAACCAGGGCGCCGCAGAGCCUCUGCAGAUCAGUCAGGUGUCUUUGAUCUCCAAAGACACAGAACCAGUAGAAUUAAACUGUAAUUUUUCUUUUUCAAGGAAAAGAAAAAUCAGCUGUUCCAUCUGUGGUCAUAAAUUUCUCCGAAAAAGCCAAUUGCUAGAACACAUGUAUACACACAAAGGUAAAUCUUACAGAUACAACCGAUGCCAAAGGUUUGGCAAUGCGUUAGCGCAGAGAUUCCAGCCAUAUUGUGACAGCUGGUCUGAUGUCCCCCUGAAAAGUUCUCGCUUGUCACAAGAACAGUUAGAUUCAUCUUGUGCCUUGGAGUCAGAGCUCACACAAGAAAAUGUGGACACUAUCCUGGUGGAGUAGCAGUUUCUCCUUCAUGAUUUUUAUAUCCAUUCUGAAAAAGAAAAUUCACAUGCAUUUUUAUUCAUAAAUUAUUUUCCUUCUCAACUUCAAUUAACUUUUUUUCUUGACCAUUGAUCCACAAUUUUAAGGCUGUAUAUAUGAGGUCUUCUUAUUGUAAGAUAUGUCAGACAUAUGGCUAUUAAAAUGUAACCUUCAAAUAGAGCUAUGAACAUUCAUAAAUCACAAUUUAGAAAUCAGAAAUCAGGGGCGCCUGGGUGGCGCAGUCGUUAAGCGUCUGCCUUCGGCUCAGGGCGUGAUCCCGGCGUUCUGGGAUCGAGCCCCACAUCAGGUUCCUCCGCUAGGAGCCUGCUUCUUCCUCUCCCACUCCCCCUGCUUGUGUUCCCUCUCUCGCUGGCUGUCUCUGUCAAAUAAAUAAAAUAUUUAAAAAAAAAUCAGAAAUCAAUGUAGGAAACUUAGAGUAUUUAUAGAAUUUCUAAGUUGUAGAAUCAGUAAAGCCAAAUUGAAAAUGAAGUAAAUGAAAUAUUUUUUAAAGAAUAUUCUAGAAUAUCACUUUUGGCUAAUUUUUCACAUGAAUACACCACUAUGAAGACUAUUUAAAAAUAUUUCCUGCCAUAUAGGAAGUUAAAGUUAUUUUAAUGCGUAACUAUAUGUUAUAAUGUAUACAAAUUUUGUUUUAAGGCAUAGCUAUAAUAAAUCAUAAGUAGUUUUAAAAUCACUUUUCACUUAAUAACGCUGCCCCAUCUUACGUGGCUUUUAUUUUUUGACAUUGAGCAUACCUCAUUUUUAAUAAAAAAUAUUCUAGUGAAAAGAGAGAAAGGGAGAAGAUUCAGACAUUAAAACAAAAUCCUACGGAGAGAAAUAGGAAGAUACAUACAGAUAGACAAACAUAGAGACAGAUUCAGAUAGAACUACAUCAACUAACACCCAGUGUUGUUACCUUAAUCUAGAGCAUUUUCUUUUCUUUUUCUUUCUUUUUUUUAUUUGACAGAGAGAGAGAGAGGGAACACAAACAAGGUGGGUGGGAGAGGGAGAAGCAGGCUUUCCGCUGAGCAGGGAGCCCGAUGCCGCCUGAUCCCAGAGCCCUGGGAUCAUGACCUGAGCUGAAGGCAGAUGCUUAAUGACUGAGCCACUCAGGCGCCCCUCUAGAGCGUUUUCUUAAAGACCAUAAGAGGAGUAUGAGAUUUUUUUUAUGACCAGAGGUUUACAUCAGUUUUUAAAGAGGAAACUGAUAAAAUAUAAAUUAUCUUUCUACUCUCAGUGUCAGAGGGUUUUCUAGGGUGCCUGAGUUGAUGUUAAUUUUCUAAGUAUCACUUGAAAAAGUAAUUUUUCAAUGACACAGUUUUCAUUUUUUUCUGAUCCACAAAACUAGCAGAGUAGAUACAGUCAAUAUCCUAGAACUAUGUCUAAAAUCCAUGGUAGCUUUCCCUUUGUGAAUAAACUUAGCUCCCUUUUAUAGCAGUGAAACUUAUAAAGCUGUAACAUCAGAAAAAUUAAAACUGAUGGACUAAACGACAGAUUCUCCUGCUUUCUGUAGCUGGGGAAUAGCUGGCCAAACUUCACCACAAAGGAUAGAUCUAAAUUGUUUCUAAAAUGUUUAAAUUUCAAAGAUUAGACAGUCAAGAAUAACAAAAGAGACAGGCGUUGAAAGGGCCUCCCUCAUCUUUUUGUGCGCUGCCCUGUUCAAAGCCUCCCAGACGUGUUAAUAGGUCUGGUUUGUGAGGCUUAGAAAUUAAGUGUAUACAGAAACUCUGAGCUUCUUUAUAUGGCAUGCUUUGGAGGACAUCUCCUGACAGUGUCAGGGUUCAGUCAGAAGGGAGCUCAAAGAUUAAUCUCGCUCAUUCUAAGGGCAUAAAGGUUUUCUGUGGGUAAACAGUGAGGUUAGAUGAAUUAUGAAAUGUAAGUUUUUCUUGAAGGCUGAAGGAAGAAACCACCGGGCAUUGUCUAAGGCAGUUGAGCUUCUGCCUCAGAAAUGACUAAAGCUUCCUGGGGUCAAGACUGAGAUGUGUUGAAAAUGAAAUCUAACUAGCUAUUGACAUAGGAUCAGUUCUAUUGGGAGUGGGAGUGGUUAAAAGCAAAUGUGUUGCUCUUUGGAGUCAGAACUUUAUCUAAUCUUAAGUCAUUCAAUCAAUUAUUCAAAUUCACACUACCCUCAAAGAUUUCGUCUCCUAGGAUGAACACAGACAGUAACUCUGAUUGCAUGUAUUUUAGGCUGUCAGGAGAUAUUCCCUAGCCUUCUUCAAGUAAAAUUUAAUUUUUCUCAUUAGGAUAACAAUUUUUCUGAUUUCUUUCUUCUCUGUUCUUUCCUUCUUGCCCAGUCAUUAGUCCUUGACACAAGAAAUGUGUAGCUAAUGGGUGGAUUGAGCAUGCAUAUGAGUUGAGGGGUAGGGCAGCAGUUCAGGACAGAGUCUGGAAAAUUCUAAGGGUUUGCUGUGGCUGAUUAGCUAUGGCAGACAACAUUAAUUUAAAGCUGAAAUAUAUCUCCAUUUGUUGGGUGUUAAGAACGUAAUGGUUAAUUGUAUUUUCAUUCUCAUUCAUAUAGUUCCUUUUAAUAUUAGAAAUUCAAAACAAACGUUCUUUCUUUAGUGCUUUUUAAAGAUUUUAUUUAUUUGAGAGAGAAAGAGGGAGCAUGAGUGGAG